AUGGCGAUCGCUGGGUACGACAGGCUGGUGCAGGAGCACGAGGACGCGGUGUCGCUGCAGUCGUCGGGCGCGUCGAGUCGCGGGUCGCGGGUCUCGCGCGGGUCGUUCCGCAGGGCCAUUGGCACCGCGGCGACAGAGGAGUACGUGUCGCCCUUCAGAGGCGGGCAGCUGACCAAAGCGAGCAAGAAGCAGCUGCAGUUGCAGCGGACGAAGAAAUUCCCGACGGUCUCGGCGACUUCGCUGUACAAUUCGUACAACACGAGGGAGCUCGGGUUCAGCAAAGUGACCGAUGAUCAGAGGCGCGCAAGGGAUAUUGUGUUCCCAGAGUACCUUCUCGAGAACGAGGACAGGCAGCGGCUGAUCCUGAAGGAUUUGGAGAAAAGGGAACAGACACUGCUGCACUUGCAGAGGUGCCAGUCUGUGCUGGAUAGGACGUGCAAGCCUGCGAAGGAGGAGAAGAGGAAGGAACUCAAGGCCAUUGAGCCCGUGAAGAGGGACACGACAAACAGGUUCGCCAUCGACUACGAUUUCGUGCCACCCGUGGACCCGACGCAGGAGGAAAAAGACGAAAUCGACGUCUCGGACCCGAUCGUGAGAGAGUACAUCCGUGACGCAAGGGGGAUUCCCCGUGCAGAGGCCAACGGCGGUGACGCCUCCGGUGACGCCUCCGGCUACGACUACGAUCGCGACGUGCUCAACAUCGAGCAGAACCAGCUCGUCGACGCUCAGCAGAUGGCGCUCCAGAACGAAAUCGAAUGGAGGAAGCCAGUGGACCCAGCUACGCAGCCGAAACUGUACGUUGAUUUGGACUCCUUGCAAUUGAUCGACCCUGGGUCCACCGCAGUUGGGGUCUCGACAAAGCAAAGACUGAUGGAUACACCAGUGACCAACCCACAAGCGACAGAGGACACGCCAGAACUGCUUUUGAAAUUGCCCAAAUACGGGCACGUCUCAGCGGCGGUGUUCAACAAAGUCCUGUACGAUGAUAAAGUGCACAAGGCAGAGAUGGCGGAUUACCAGCGUGAGCAGGAGAGCAAGUUCGCCAAGAAAUUGCAAGAGUACGAACAGAAACUCGCUCAAGUCGAUGACCGCAAACUCUCCGUGCUAGCGAAGAUGAACGACGCUAAAUUGGAUAAGAUCGCUAAAUCCGAGGUCAUCGAGAACCAAAAAAUCAAACAGUUGUUCGACUCAAACGCGACUUUCAACGAUUCCAAAGUGAAAGUACUCCACGAGGCACAGUUGGUCAAGUUACAAAAAUUGCAAGACUUGAAAUUCAUCUCGCAGAAGAAAACAUUAAUGCAACACGAGGUCAACCAACUCACUUUGGAGAAAUCGCACGCGGAGAAGGACUACCACCUAUGGACCACGAACUUGACAAACAUCACAGAACGGCUGGACGCUCAACUGUUCAAACUGUCCCAGUUCAACCACAAGCAGGACAAGAUCACAAGACAGAUUAGGGACCUCACGCAGCGCAAGACGGAACUAGAGGCAGAGAUCGACGCGAACCAAUUCUCGAAGGGGAACGCCGACAGGAACCUCGCGGACUUGGAGACGGGGCAACAUCUCAAGUCGCACGAGCUCGUGAAAGUGACGGACUCGAUCCAGGGGAAACUGGACUCCCUCGCUGUAGUGAAGCAGGAGAUCUCGGGGGAGCGUUUGAAAUUGAUCGGGAUCACGAACGAGAUGGAACGCGCGAGGGCGGAACGCGAACGUAUCUGGAACGAGAAGUUGGACUCGAACACCAAAUUCUACGAGGACAAAUUGGGCGAGAAGGACGCGGAUCUCGACGAGCGGUUGAAACAACUCGACGUCGAACACACGGCCAACCUCGUUCAAGUGCGCGAAAUCUACGAGGCCAAAUUGCAGGACUCCGCGGAGAAGGCAGAGGAGGCCGAGCAACAGCUGAAGCUGGCCGCGGAGGAGAAGGCGCAGAUCGAGAAGAGUCUAUUGGACCAAGAGCAACAGGCGAAGAAAGAACUCGAGGAUAUGCAGAAGGAGAGGGAUUUCGCAGAGAGACGCGCCAAGGACGAGAGCGAGAGGGCAGACCAACACCUCGAGCAGAAGGUCGCUAUCGAGAUGGAACGCAAGGAGUGGGCCAAGAAGAUCGCGGACGCGGAGGAGCGGGCUAACAUCGCUACAAAGGCGAGAGUCAACGCGCAGCACGAAAGGUCCAACGCGGAAUCCGAGCUCACGAAGGCCAGAAAUAAGCCUAUCUUCGAGAACAACUCACUGUACUCCUUCGCUACGGAAGAGGUGACCACGUUCAAGUAG